AUGGUGCUGGCGUGGCGAAUGUGUUCGGUCCGACUGUGGCGGCUGUUCCUGUCGCUCCUCCUAGGCCUCAACGCGGGGUCCACUGCUGACUGGCCUGCAGAGGAAGAAGGCAAGGAAGCCUGGGAUUACGUGACUGUCCGCAAGGAUGCCCACAUGUUCUGGUGGCUCUACUAUGCCACGAAUCCUUGCAAGAACUUUUCAGAACUGCCCCUGGUCAUGUGGCUCCAGGGCGGUCCAGGCGGUUCCAGCACUGGAUUUGGAAACUUUGAGGAAAUUGGGCCUCUUGACACCCAACUCAAGCCACGGAACACCACCUGGCUGCAGUGGGCCAGUCUCCUGUUUGUGGAUAAUCCUGUGGGCACUGGCUUCAGUUACGUGAACACUACCGACGCCUACGCAAAGGAUCUGGCCACGGUGGCAUCCGACAUGAUGGUGCUUCUGAAAUCCUUCUUUGAUCGCCAUAAAGAAUUCCAGACGGUUCCAUUCUACAUUUUCUCAGAAUCCUAUGGAGGAAAGAUGGCUGCUGGCAUCAGUCUAGAACUUUACAAGGCUAUUCAGCAAGGGGCCAUCAGGUGCAACUUUUCUGGGGUUGCGUUGGGUGACUCCUGGAUCUCCCCUAUAGAUUCAGUGCUGUCCUGGGGGCCUUACCUGUACAGCAUGUCUCUCCUUGACGACAAAGGCUUGGCGGAGGUGUCCGGCAUUGCAGAGCAAGUCCUCAAAGCUAUAGACAAGGGCUUGUACAAGGAGGCCACUCAGCUGUGGGGGAAAGCAGAGGUGGUCAUUGAAAAGAACACAGACGGGGUAAACUUCUACAAUAUCUUAACUAAAAGCACUCCCUCACCUGCUAUGGGAUCGGGCCUUGAAUUCCUCCGGAGCCCCUUAGUUCGUCUUUGUCAGCGUCAUGUGAGACACCUACAAGGAGAUGCCUUGAGUCAACUCAUGAAUGGCCCCAUCAGAAAGAAGCUCAAAAUCAUCCCAGAGGAUUGCUCCUGGGGAGGCCAGGCAUCAUAUGUGUUCUUAAGCAUGGAAGAGGACUUCAUGAAGCCUGUCAUCAGCAUUGUGGAUGAGUUGCUAGAAGCUGGGGUCAAUGUGACUGUGUAUAACGGACAGCUGGAUCUCAUUGUGGACACCAUGGGUCAGGAGGCCUGGCUGCGGAGGCUGAAAUGGCCACAGUUGUCCAAAUUCAAUCAGCUGAAAUGGAAGGCCCUGCACACCAACCCCAAGUCUUCGGAAACGUCUGCGUUUGUCAAGUCCUAUGAGAACCUAUCCUUCUACUGGAUCCUGAGGGCAGGGCACAUGGUUCCUUCUGACCAAGGGGAAAUGGCUCUGAAGAUGAUGAGACUGGUCACUGAGCAGGAGUAGAAAGCCUGAGCUGAGCUGAGCUGAGCUGAGCUGGUGGGGCCUGGAGACGCACUGCAGCAGAGCCCAGGGUGCAGGUGCUAAAGUGG